CUUCGAAAGUGCAUCAUACCGAAUCUGAGGCAGAACGGAGGACCCAAAAAGUCGCGUGCUUCUCUUGGCUGCUAGUUACGAAUCCAGCCCUAGGAGAAGAAGCGUCUUCGCGCGAUGUCUGCAUCACUAAGGAGUCGCAGCGCAGUUUAUUGAGCCACUGCUCGAAAAGAUCGACUGAAGAGUGCCGCGUGGAGUAAAGAGAACACACACUUUUCGGCUGUCCCACGAGUGCCCGCGACACGCUCCACGCGUUAUGACAGUUCCGAUCCGGCCCGUCAACGCGCCACCACUACAUCCUCCGCUGAUGCUGUGAAGCAAAGAACGGCAAAAGCAGCGCACCCGCCCGCACCACCGCAUGUGAAAUUGCGCGCGAUCGUCAAGCCCGCGCACGUCAGGAACCGGCUGUCAUCCGCGGCAGUACUCCGGCGUGUCCGCACGCGACGGACGCCGCGCUCGACGGCGACUCCUCGUCGCUCAGAAGUCGCAAGGAUCUCAGCGGAAUACGCGACAACCCGCGUCAUCGCGAUCAAACCGAGAUCGCGACGAUCAAUUGUGCGUUACGAUUGAUCACGAUCGGUCACGACGGAUGCGAGACAGUGAGAAGAUGUCAUAGGGGUACGUUUGACAGCUGCCGGAGUUGCUUCUAACGUGAUCCUCAGCGUGGUCGCCGAUCCGCCCGACAAAACGUCGAGGACUGAAGUCGCGGGCGACACGUGUCCACGAGGGAAGAGGGAAGGAAGGGAGGUAAAACGUCAGAAGUGCGAGUGACGGGAGAGGAAACAGCGGGAUCAACGUGUAUCAUCGAUCUGCGAUCGAGCACGAGGCGACGUCGGUCGUGUCGGCCGGCUGCUGACAGUCCACGUUGACUACGGUCCAGGAGGAGAGCGCGACGCGGCGGUGGCGGCGUCGACGACGGCGGCGGCGGCGGCGGCAGCAGGUGCGAACGAGGCUCGUCGCGCUGCGGGGUCCGCGGCAGUACGGAGAAGGUCGGGAAGGUGUUGUUCAGCCACGAGUCCAGGAUUCUCACCCCCGGAGGCGGCGCCAUCUCGCCCGGGGGCGCGGGGCCACCCGCGAGCCCAUCGUCGGGGCAUUAUCAUCCACCUACGCACAGUCCGCCGCUGGUCAAGAUUGGCUCGGUCCACGCCCACCAGUCGAACAAUAACCACCACCACCAGCAUCAUCAGCAACAGCAGCAGCAGCAACAGCAACAACAGCCGUCGAGUCAACCGCAGGUGCCGACCGGUGCGGGAGGGGGUGGCGGGCCGGGGGGCGGCGCGGUGGCCAGGGCCGGAGGCAUGUUCUGCUACCACUGCCCCCCGGGCCUCCCGGCGCCGCGAUUACCGCCGUCCCUGGAGUAUCCUUUCGCCCCGACGCACCCCUACACCAGCUACUCCGCCUAUCACCCGGCACUGCACGGAGUCGGCGAGGAUUCCUUCGUGAGAAGGAAACAACGAAGGAACAGGACGACUUUCACCCUCCAGCAAUUGGAGGAGCUCGAGUCCGCCUUCGCGCAGACUCACUAUCCGGACGUUUUCACGCGAGAAGACCUGGCGAUGAAGAUUAAUCUCACGGAGGCCCGAGUUCAGGUAUGGUUCCAAAACCGGCGGGCGAAAUGGCGUAAGAGCGAGCGACUGAAGGAGGAGCAACGCAAACGCGAAGGUAGCAGCGGCGGCAACGGCGGCGGUAGUUCCGGCAGCGGUGGCGGUGGUGGUGGUGGUGGCGGUGGCGGCGGUGGUGGUAACGUGGAAUCCUCAACUUUAACCGCGCCGACAUCCUCGUCGGCGGGCCCGAGUCCCACGGGGAACGACCCAGAAGGCACAACCAGCAGCAGCGCCGCCGACACGGAGGACGCCGUGCCGGAGGGUGGUGGCGGCUCCAGGAGCCCCAGCACGACUUCCGCCUCGGUCAGUCCGCGACCCCAGCCGAGCCAGCCGUCCCUGGGUGGCGUCUCGACGCCACCACCGAACCCCAUAAGGGCGCCACCGCCGCCAGCGAGCACCGUGGGGGGCCUCGGACCGCCUGCCGAGAGCACCACAGGAAUAGGCGCUGGCUUCAGGCCGGUGGAGCCGCCGACGUCUCUGUUCUUCUCGCCGCACCUGGCCGCGCAGUUCUCGCCGCCGCUGUUCGCCAACAAGGUGGUCAGCAGCGCGGCGUCGACGUCGUUGACCUCUACGACGCCGUCGCUGUGGACCAGCAGCGAGCAUCGGCCUGGCAGCCUGCAGGAGAUGCUCUCUUGGUCGCCGACCGGCUGGCCCGGUUCCAUCUGCGGCUGCUGCAAGCCCGGUACCGGCAACGACCUCCACCGCAGCAACAGCUUGGCCGAGCUUCGCAGGAAGGCGCAAGAGCACUCGACCGCCUCGGCGCUACUUGGCGGCCUCGCCGGCUUCCCCGGCGGUCUACCUCUGCCCUUGCCUCUGCCGCUGUUGCCGCCGUUGCUGGGUCUCUCCAGGCGACCGGAGCACCACCAUCAUCAUCACCUGCCCAGCGUGGUGCACCAGAUACAGCCCAGCACCAAGGAGGAUCCCUAGGAUCGCCGCGCCGGAAUCGUCGUCUCGUAGACGCGGUGUAGACGAAACCCGAAAGCGAUUGUCUCGAUUGCUUACAAAUCGCGUUGGUCUGGACGGUCCGUGCGGUAUUGUCGCGUUGAGUCGCGGAUUUCGAUGCCAUAGACGUGGAAAUCGGACCUCACGUUGCACCUUGUCCAACGGCGGAUCGCGAACGACCGGACGUAUGUCGAUUCGCGAACUUUAAAAUCGCAGAGCGACUGCAGAUGCACGGACUUUGAAAUUGCAGAGCGACUGGAGGUCCACGAGUGUCGAGUCGUAGAUUUUAAAAUCGCGGAGCAACUGCAGAUUCGCGAACUUUAGAAUUGCAGAGCAACUGUAGAUUCGUGAACUUUGAAAUCGCAGCGCGACUGGAGGUUCGCAGUUGUCAAUCGCGAACUUCAAAAUCGCGGAGCGACCAGAGGUUCGCGAAUGUCAAAUCGCGGAUUCUAGAAUCGCAGAGCAAGCUGUAGAUUUGCGAAUUGGAAAAUCGCCGAGCCAACGGAGGUUCGCGAGAUUUUCUAUGUCUGUAGCAUCGAGAACUGGACUCAUCGAGCGCCGCGUUGCUCUCAAUCUCUGCUUUCGUUAUCACGAUUGUAUCCUGAUUUAUCGUAUUUUCCCGAUCUUGGUGGUACCGACGGUCUGAUGACGGGCGGAUGACGAGUGUAAGUAUCUCGAUUUGGGAAGACGACGAGAACGACCGCGAUGUCACGAGAUGGUGCUUUCGCUUCGCUCGGCAAAACGGUUUAUGCGGACACGUUUCUUCUCGCCCUUGCAUUCUCGCUCGCGAACGUUCCGAUACCCGAUACUCUGUCACCGAUAACCGGACUCGAGUUCACUCUUCGAGCGAAUAAAAGCGGAGAGAGCAAGCGAGACACACACAGCACACCGAUACUCGUAUGCAAUAAAGCGUCGAAUAACGCAGCACCGUCGAUCAAUCUCGCAGAUUACUUGGUUACAACCGCGGACAGUGUAAAUAAGCGGUGUGCAUCACGAUAAUCUUCAGUAGUACCUACUCACAAACACAUAAACCUUCUUCUCGCGUAUAUUUAAUCCACGAUAACGUUCGAAUCUCCCCAUUCUACGCGCGGAGUGCUCGUUAAUUUAUUGCCUUAUUGCCGCGCGAACUCGCGCGAGCCGAACUCAUUCACAUCAACACCACCACUAGUACACUACUUCCACUACCACGUUUCCACGAAAGAGUCCACGUUAAGUUCCAGACGUGAUACGACGAGGUUGACAAGUCCGUUAUUUAUAGCAAAGAGAGAAAGUUCUGCAGGAGAGAAGGGAGAAAGGAAGAAGAGGAAGAUGAAGAGAGAGUUCCACAGGAGACGGUGGACGGAUUUCCGACAUCUCGAAUUUCAUUACGAGAGCGUAUAACGUAAACGAGAUGUUAAUACGUCGCGAUACGUUGUGUACAUAAUGCAAAUUAAUAAUAAUGAGCGCGGCGAGAAAACGACGCGUCGGUAAGGCCCGCGAGAGGAGAAAAGGGAUACGCAGCGAAGGGUUCACGAGAGUGCUCUCGUUUCCUUCCACGCGAGCAUAAGGAGACGCGACGGACCAACACGUGCCUGAUGCGCUGUAUAUUCAACUGCUCGAUACGCUCGAUCGGUCGACUCGCUCGUGCCACGCGAACGGGCUCGAGUAUGCAUCCGCAUCCGUUGUAACAUUCACCACGAGCGGGUAUCGAUACCGGUAUAAUCUCGGGGAUUUUAGAUUUCAAGCGGCGGGGCACGGCGAUCUCUCGAUCGCCCACGUCACCAGUGAUCUCGUUCAAAAAUUAAACGAUUCAUUACGGCUCUUUCCACAGCCGAAAUUCCGAAAACUGAAAGAUCUCUUUUCGGCGCGAUAACAUUGCGAUGCUGAAACGCGCGAGCGGAGCUUUCGCGUUUGCUCUCAUGUGGCGACAAAGCUGCGACGGGUAUCCCGAAGUAGAGAAAGCGUGAGGUAUGGUCAGACACAGAGCUCGAUUACGAAGCGCGAAAUAUAUCGGUCGGUCGAGUGAACCGAUUUCACGAUUAUGGGGGUCGUAUCAACAGUCGCUACUUGAGACUUGCCUCAGAUGAGAUACUCAGAUUUGAAUUUAGGCUCCUUUUAAUAGUCGUUACUUGACACUCAGAUUUCAGUUCGGGAUUAGAUGAAAGUUUUUCAUUUGAAUCGUGGUUACAGACAUGAUGCCACAUAUAUCAUAUGAGUCAACUGAAAAAUUUGGAUAUAACUCUGAAUGGAAAUUUGAGUAUCUCAUAUGAAACAAGUUUCAAGUGACAACUAUUAAUACGGUCCUUGCAGUGAAAUGUGAAUCUCUCAGCUGAAUCGCGAUUGCGAAUGCAAGUUCGCACAUAUGGUGCGCUCGAUUUAAAAUAAAAAAACUCAAAUCUAACUCUAAAUUCAUAUUUGGGUAUCUCGCGUAGGACAAGCUUCAAAUGACGACUGUUGAUACGUACUUAUGUCUGUUCUGACAUUAUCCCGCGCCUACGGCGAAAAUUCGGAAAUUUGUCCCGCCGAGAUUAUAUCGAUGUUAAUCCCCGUGUGCAAGUAACGCGAAGAAACUCGUCCCGAGUCGGCUACUACUCUUAUAUGCCUUAAAAAAAAAAAACAAAUCGUCGGUCGACCGGCGACAUUAACCGAUUUCAGAUCUUUGCCAUGUGUACGAUAGCCGUAAUCAUCAAAUAGAAUACGUUGUAAUGAUACUAGAGAUCUAGAGAGAGAAAGAGAGAGAGAGAGAGAUAUGGGAGGGAGGGAUAGAGAGAGAGAGAGAGAGAGAGGGGGAGAUAUAAAGUGAGAAAGCGAAAGGGGGCGAUCGCAACGAAGGGAAACGGCGGAACGGAUUCGGUUUGAUGCUUACCGGCAAAUUCGACGAGAUAAUUCCAUUUACGUCGUAAUUCCUCUGGAUUUCGCGAGAAGCGAGAAGCGUAGAAGCGAAGCGGACGUAGUUGUUUGUAGAAACCUGUAUAUUACCUUCCUGAUAAACAGUCAGUGCUAAUCAAAGAUAGUCUAAUGAAAGGUAUAUUAUAAGGUAGCGAUUACACUGUGUAGUCAGAACUGUGGUAGCGAUAUAUCGAAUAAACUUGUUCUCUCAUGA